CGCCCCUGCUUCGGUGACAUAGGUGGUUAUAGCAACAGUUUCUUUUUCUUUUGGGAAAAGGUUUUACAUGAAUAAAUAAACACUGAUCAUGUGUUGUUAGUCUAACACUAUGAACCAGGGGUGGACUGACAACUCAUGGGGCCCCCGGGCAAUAGGGGAUCAUGGGGCCCCUGUGUCCUUGCCCAAACUCAAAAAAGCCUAUGAAAAAAGGUACCAGGGGCAUCUCAUGGGGCCCCCUACUGACCCUGGGCACUCGGGCAGUGUCCGAGUUUCCAAAUGGUCAGUCCGCCCCUGCUAUGAACAUGCUUACAGGAGGGAAAACCACAGGAAUGAUCUUAUUGGUUCU